AUGCACCUCAGCAGGCUGGCGACGGCUCUUAGGGAGAAGCCCCUGGGAGCUGGCUGGCGAAUUGCAAUGUCACCUCGCGCGGGGAUGAAUCCUCUGCAGACGACUGAAGUGACCAAGCGGGUCGUCGCCGGGCGGUUGGAGGGGGCAUCGGGAUGGGGCACAGGCGCCGAGCCUGGGUCCCUCCUCCUUCUCUUCACGAACACAACCCGCCAGUUUGCCGACAUACAUGGUGGUGGCAGCGUGACUGCGGUGCCGCGUGUCUCGUCGUCCUUGCCUCUUUUACUCCCGGGUCUGCCGUUCCACGCAGCGACGGAGGGGCGAGGCCAGUUGGCCGCGUAA